UUCUAUAUCUCUCUUUUUUUAGCUUUAACCUUCACAAGACAACACACACAACAACAGACCUGCCCCUAUCUCUCUUCCCUCCCUUUCUCUCCACCCUCUCUUUUCUAUCUUUCUCCUUAUAGAAAUGGGGUCAUCACCACCUUUUGGGUAUCUCAAACAAAGCAACAUUAUAUUCCUUAGGUUGUUCAUGAUUCUGGUCUUGAGCUCCAUACUUAAUAAAACCAACCUCUGCUCCCAUUCAGUCGCCUCCAUUAAUAGCAGCAUCACUUUCUCAUUGCAGGCACUACAUCUAGAUGGCUACUUCAACUUCGAUGCUCAUAACAUUCAAUAUGCAGCCAAGGACUUUGGCAACAGAUAUCAUUUCAUGCCUUUUGCCAUUCUAUAUCCCAUAUCAGUCUUUGACAUUUCUUCCACAAUUAAGCAUAUUUUCCAUAUGGGUUCCUCCUCAAAGCUAACAGUUGCAGCCAGAGGCCAUGGCCAUUCACUUGAAGGCCAAGCUCAAACCCAUGAAGGAAUUGUUAUCAACAUGGAAUCACUUCGAGGGAUCAAGAUUGUUAGUUCAGAGGAGAUGCCUUACGUGGAUGUAUCAGGUGGUGAAUUGUGGAUCAGUGUCCUGCAUGAGACACUUAAGCAUGGACUGGCACCAAAGUCCUGGACUGAUUACCUGUAUCUCACCAUCGGAGGCACCCUUUCACAUGCUGGAAUCAGCGGCCAGGCAUUCAAGCAUGGACCCCAAAUCAAUAACGUUUACCAGCUAGAGGUUGUCACAGGGAAAGGAGAAAUAGUGAAAUGUUCCGAGCAGCAGAAUGCUGACCUCUUCUACGCUGUUCUUGGGGGAUUGGGACAGUUUGGCAUCAUCACUCAGGCGAGAAUCUCUCUUGAACCUGCACCACAGAUGGUCAAGUGGAUUCGAGUACUUUAUUCAGAAUUCUCCAUAUUUUCCAGGGACCAAGAGUAUCUAAUAUCAUCCAAAAAUUUAUUAGACUAUAUUGAAGGUUUUGUCAUUAUAAACCAAACUGGCCUCCUCAAUAAUUGGAGAUCCUCCUUCAACCCCAAAGACACCCUCCUAGCAAGCCAGUUCAAUUCAAAUGGAAAAAUUCUGUACUGUCUAGAAAUGGGUAUUUAUUACAGCCACGAAGAAACUAGCAUCAUGAACCAGAAAACUGAGAAGCUUGUGUCACAACUGAGUUACAUUCCAUCAACACUGUUCUUAUCAGAAGUGACUUAUCUAGACUUCUUGAACCGAGUUCACAUAUCUGAGAUGAAACUUAGAGCAAAAGGAUUGUGGGAGGUUCAACAUCCAUGGCUCAACCUUCUGGUACCAAAAAGCAAGAUUUUCGAGUUUGCCAAAGAAGUCUUUGGCAAUAUUCUGAAAAACAACAACAAUGGCCCUAUACUAAUCUAUCCAGUAAACAAGUCUAAGUGGCUAACAAACAGAACAUCUCUAGUUACUCCUGGUGAAGAUGUGUUCUUCUUGGUAGCAUUCCUCUCCUCUGCAUUGCCAUCAUCAACAGGAUCAAACGGGUUAGAAGCUAUUACAAUCCAAAAUCAAAGAAUUCUUGAUUUCUGUACUAAGGCACAUCUGGGUGUUAAGCAGUAUUUGCCUUACUACAGCAGUCAAGAAGAGUGGAAAACUCACUUUGGAAAUCAGUGGCAUACUUUUGUCCAGAGAAAAUCUGCUUAUGACCCUUUAGCAAUCCUGGCUCCUGGGCAGAGAAUCUUCCAAAAGUCAAUACCAUUUUCUCCCAGUUAGUUUCUCAUCCAAGCCACACGUUAA